AUGGCCUCCGGAUAUGUCAAAACUCUCACUAAGCAUCAGUUCCGACUAGAGCGCAAGUACCGACGGCGCGCGGCGCUCAAGUACGCUCGGCCCAAGUUCAUCAAGACUGUCACCUUGGCGCAAUGGGUGGUUAUUGGCUUUGUCGUGGUUUACGCGGUUCUCUUCAUGAAUUGGGAUACAAAGGAUACGCCAUUCGAUGGGAUUCGAGACAGCGUUUUCUCUGGGGUUAAGGCUGUGUUUUCUAGUCCCCACCACCGGGCGGUCAAGCGAGCAGAUGAUGGCACCGCGGCUGGUUCUGGGAAAUAA